UCGCCUUUAGAGCAACAAUGUACAGGAACCUCGUGUUGUGCCUCUGCCUAGGUGUGGCGGUCUCCGGAGCCCAGGUGGACAGGGUGAAACGCGGCUUUAUCAGCGGUAGCGGCGGCUAUGGAAGUGGAGGUCAUGGUGGUGGCGGCGGUGGCUAUGGGGGCAGCAGUGGAGGAGGUGGCGGCUACCUGAUCAUCGGUGCGGGUGGUGGCGGUGGCGGCCAUGGCCCCAGCGCAUCUGGCGUCGCAAACCAAGCCGCAGCUCAGGCUACUGCAGCCGCCGCCGGACUGAAGGGAGCCUCUCAGGCUGCAGCUUCCGCAGCAGCCAGUCAGGCCGCCGCCGCAGCCUCUGCAGCAGCCCAGACAGCAGCAGCAGCAGCUGCUGCUCAGGAACAAGCUAACGCUGCCCAGCUGACACAAGCCUCUCAAGGUGCACAGGCAGCCGCCUUUGCAGAGUCAUCACUCUCCGGCCAGGCCGCCAGCGCCGUCCAGGCGGCCGAGAACACCUACAACUUCGCCGUGGCCUUGGCCGACCAUCUGGCACAAGCACAGGCCGAGGCACAGGCUGUAGCGGCCCAGGCCUGGCAAACACUGCAAGCCGCUCAGUCUGUACAAUCAGCACAGUCGGCCAUGGCCUGGCAGUCUCAGCAGGCCGCCAACUCCCUCAACCAGCAGCAAAGUUUGGUCCUCAAUGACCUGCAGUCAGCACAGGCAGCAGCAGCGCAGGCCCAGGCGGCCGCCAGCAAGGCUUUGGCCAAGGCCAAGGGCAGCGGCGGCGGUUACGGCGGUGGGAGUGGUGGCCACGGCGGUGGGAGUGGUGGCCACGGUGGCGACUAUGGUCACUAACCAAAGAUGACCACAAGCAACAAAGUCGAUGAUCUAAUGUUUACAUUUAACCCUGAGAGAAAAUAUUUAUUUUCGUUAACACAGAGAAAAUAAAUAAACCAGUAUCUUGUCAGUCA